AUGGGCGGGCGGAGGCCCCUGCGACGAGCUGGCCGGGGCCGGAGGCCUGGGCCGCAGACUGGGUCGGACGCGGCCCAGGGCCAGCCUCCAGCCCGCCGCGGCCCGCCGCAGUGGUGGCCGCGUCGCGCGAACAGCGGUACUGCGCUGCGGUCCCCCGGCCCCAACGGCCUCUCCAUGGGCAGCGCCCCGGGGUGUCCUGCGUCCCCUCACCUGGAGCGCGGCGGAACCGGCAGCAGUGGACGCAGGAACCGGCCGCAGCGGAACCGAGGGCGACCGGAAGUUGGAAACGGAAACGCGCUGGAGACCGCCCGGCUCUUUCCCGCGUUGACCUUUGGAGCGGGUAAUCCUAGAGAGCCGCUGCCAGGGAUCUCUUCACCGGGCGAGGGAGCCAGGCCUUUCCGAGACUUAACCACGGUGCAGAUAGCUAGGGCCCCGGCCGGCUGCCGGACCGCCCCUGUUUUGCGCAUGCGCCUAGUAAGGGGCGCCGAGCUGGGCGGGUGCUUCAGGUGUAUGACGACUCUGGUAUUGUUUCGCCGAAAGUCGGAGGCUGUGCCUUUCCCGGUCCUUUGUCUAGAGAGAGCAGGCUUUGGGGAGCAUUUUUUGUCGGAGCCUACUGACAUUUCUAGGUUGCCUGCAUCUGUAGCACCCAGUCUGAGGAAUAUGAAGCCAAAGGAACACCCAGGGAACUCACUGCCACAUCUUUUGAGAGGCUCAUUCUGUGCUAGGCAUUGCCGAGCCAUCACAGACUUGGUCCCUGACGCCAUGGAGUUGACAGUCUAGCCCAGUCAGUGAGGGAGUUAAAAAGAAUUCUGGUAUCAUUGGUACUGCGGUUGCACCGAGUG